AUGACCUCUAUUAGUGCCUCUCCAAGAAAACGACGAUUAUCAGUUGUUUCUCCAGAAGAAGGACGUCGAGUUUCAAUUAGUGAGCCUAACAAUAAAAAGGUUAAAUCGGAUUCUACAACUGGUUCAAUAACUUCAGGGACAAUACCCAUAGCCUCAAACAUUAGCAAUAAUAAUGAUGCGCCAAUCGUAUCAGCUGCUCCAAAAACACUGCAUCAUAAAAGUGGAAGUAUUAGCAGUAGUAUUGAGAAUAUGCAGACAAGUAAUACUACGGCAUCAUCUGUAAAUAAUUCAAAUACCAAUGUAUCGUCAGGGACAACAAUAAUGACAUCAGCCACAUUAUCACCUACAACACUAGAAAAGGACUCGCUUAAUAGCAAUGUGAAUAAUACUUUAAAUAAUUCUUCGAGAGUUAAAGGACAUCAACGUCAAGAGGAGGAAGUUCAAAAUUUACUAGGAGAACUACAAACGCUCUCACAAACCCUUACCCCGGAUUUUACAUUCGAUCCAGCAUUACGAAAAAAAUUUCUUGAUCCAGCAAUUAAUGCUUUAUUCAGAACAAUGAAAAAAGAAUUGGAGGAAAAAGAAAAGAUGAUAGAAGAUUUACGAAAUGAAUUGGAUGGAAUUAGUUUUACUCCAAAUAGUAUAACCGGUAAAAAGCUAGUAGCUAAAUUGCGUGCAUUACAACAUGAGAAUGAAGAGUUAGGUCGACAGCUUAGACAGGGUCGCGUCGAACAAUACGAAGUGGAAAUUGCAAUGCAACGUAAAGUUAUUGAUGAGCUAAAAGCCGGUUUAGAAGAAUCGGAUGCUCAAUCUUUGUUGAUGGACGAGGAAAAUGAACGAUUGCAAGACAUUGAAGCUGUCACAUCAAAUGAGGCUGCUUCUGUUGUUGCAAAUGCUACAAAUUCCGCUGUCACUCCAAUCACCCAGAGUCCGGAAGGAGAAGCAGAAGAAAAAAGCGGUGGCAAUAAAAAUAUGCCUAAUGACGAUGUGGAUAUGGCUGAUAAUGAAGAUCGAGAACUUCAAAGUAACGAAGAAGAGAAUAAAGAGAAAGGCAAAAUAGAGCGUGCAUGA